AUGUCUCUCAAGGGCAAGAACGUCGUUUUGACAGGAGCGUCCAUAGGGAUAGGCCUCAGCAUCGCCCACAAGCUGGCCAAAGAAGGCGCCUCGAUCGCCUUGUUGUCUCGCUCAGAAGACAAGCUGAAAGCACUUGCAGAAGACUUGAGCAACACGUACCAAGAAGGAAAAUUCGCCCCUUACGCAGUCGAUAUCUCAAACUACACAGCAGUGGAAUCAGCAAUCACAUCAGUCGUCGAUAAAUUCGGCACGAUCGACAUCCUCAUCAACAACGCCGGCCUCGCCCUCGGCGCCCCCUCCCCCUUCCACGACCUCUCCAUCUCCCAAAUCGACACCAUGAACGGCACAAACGUCUCCGGCCUAAUGUACACCACACACGCCGUCCUCAACAAAUCCAUGCAUCCCCGCCGACAAGGAACAAUCCUGAACAUAACCUCCGUGACCGGUCUCGAAGUCCCUCCUUUUCCCGGCGAGGCGGUCUAUCACGCCAAUAAGGCUUUACAGGAGGCUUUCACGAAUGCGCUGAGGAAUGAGUUGUCGGAGACGGAGAUUAGGGUUCUGGCGUUGAGGCCCGGGUGCGUGGCGACGAAUUUUCAUGCGCAGAGGGUGGCGUUCGAUAGGGAGAUGUAUGAGAGGUUUUUUGAGGGAUUUCAGCCAUUGACUCCAGACGAAGUCGCCGACUCUGCCAUCUACCUUCUGCAACAACCUCCACAUCUUUCUGUCAAGGCACUUGAUCUUGUGCCUACCCCACAGCGCAGCUUGAACGUCUUCGAUCGAAAAUGGAACGAGCGUCACAAUCAGUAG